UGACGUCUAUGAUAUGAGUUAUAGUUUUUAUGGCAAAAAGUUUUGAAUCCAUACCAGCAAAUAUAACGCUAUUGAUUAUUGUUUCUUGUUUCUCAUUGCUCAUCUAUUGAUUUUCCAGAUUGUCUACGAUCACACAGGUUUUGGGAUUGCUGUGGAACGGAGGCGUUUGUUUGAAUUCAGCUGAUACUAUAAAGUAAAGAGAGAACAGGGAGAUAUCGAAGAUGCCUGAACCAACUUGCGUGAGUUGUAAUAGUGCUAGCGGCAUACUUUGGCGUAUUGGGGCAAACGGCCAAAUAUGCAAAGACUGCUCCCGGCUCCCGGUGUUCUUCGAACAUCUUCAUGCUCCUGCUGCCGGGGAAUACAGUGAAUCUGUAUUUUAUCGGAACAUGCACAUGCGCCGAGGAGCCAUAGUGUCAAUGGAGGAUGGGCGUGGCCAGAUUCACUUUGCGCAGAUCCGAGGUUUCCUCACUCGCUAUCAAGAAGAAUUCAGCGCCUUUGUUACCUGGCUUGUGCCGACUGCAGACAGCCCCCCUCCGGAACAGGGUUUCAUCCCUACUACAUAUGUCUUCGGCUCUGAAGAUGAUACUCCAUGCAGGCUGGAGUUGAUGAAGUUCAUUAUGCAUCUCCCGACGGACUACUACAAGAACAAUGAUUAUCUGAUGCCCCCUCAAGAAGAAGAAGAUGGGGAAGUUAUAUAUGAAGAGUUUGUGUGGGCAUUGCGCAAUGCUGGAGAAGGAUUGUACUAAUAUGCAUCCUUACAAUACCUCGCCAGCAUCAUUAUUAGAAUAUGUUGAUUCAGUAUUAUUGUAAUUAUGUUUCCUUCUGUGAUUAUUGUGAUUAAUUUAUAAUUAAAAAUGAUUGAUAUGUUUUUAGCCUGUAUGAUUCCAAGAAUUGAUGGAUAGAAUAUUUUAACAUUUUAUUUUAAAUGAUUAUUGUUUUAAAUUUAUAAGAUUAUCUUAUUUCAAACUAAUUAAAAUUUAAAGGAAGUCAGUUGACACAAUUUAUUUAUUUCCUACUUGUGUAAGCUGGGAUUUCUACUAUAUAAUAAAAAGUUAGUGUAAGAUGGCAAUUAACUGUCGCCAAUAUUUAACCAAGCUCAUACUCAUCUACUAUGUGUAAGUCAUAACAAUUUAGUAAAUGUUUCAAAAACAUAGUUAAGACUAAGUGUAACUUUAAACUUUUAAGUGUAGUUUCUACUCUCUCAUUAUCCUGUUUUAAGAAUUAUAUAUUUUUUUGUAUUUUGCUGACACUACCAUUGUUGUUUUUUAUGUUUAUUGCAUUGUUUUGUAUUUUAUAAGUCGAAGUUUUAGUAAUUAUCAUAAAAUGUCAUUCUUUUGUAUUAUGUUGAGUUACAACAGCUGAUAUACUUGUCUAAAAACUAAUUAUCUUCAUUUCUUUAUGACAAAGAGGAAUAAUAGUAUAUUAUUUUAGAUGUAUCAGAAGUAGAAACUAAUGGUUUGAGGAUUUAAUAAUUGUUUAUUCAACAAUUUGUCAGAUACCUACUAUAAUAAUAAUUUAAGAAAACCUAACAAGUUCUCUGCAGAAGAGCAGUUUUAUUUGUUUUUGUAAAAUUUAUUUUUGAUGAUUUUAAUAAAGUAGAUUUGGGAGAUUCAA